AUGAACGACUGUCAAGAAAAAAAUUGUUUUUUCGAAACUCAAGUUAUUGAGAUUGAGUGUAAUGACAAUUACAUUAGUUUACGUGAUUUGUACGAAGCUGCUUGUUAUACGAGUCCAGAUUAUAAUUGUAAACUAGAAUAUAUUUUGUUACGUGCUGGGUUUUUUGAUUUAUCGCCAGUAAAUUUAUUUGAAUUUCAUAUUUGUUCAAAUCAUUAUGAACUAUUAACAUCAGUGACACGACGUCAGAAUUGUAACAUUUGUAAACUUGUGUUUGGACAAAACAGGAAAUCCUCAACAGGCGGUCUUCGAACUGUUUCAAAGCUUAUCGCCAUGGGUUUAUGGUCAGACCAUCAUCUUUCCACAUAUGAUAAAACAAUUUGUGCUACCUGUCGUUUGAAAUUAGAAAAACAAUAUAAUAAUGAUGAUAUUCGAAAAAAAUGUGAAAAUAUUUUUAAAUGGCUGCACGAUCCAAUGAUAGUCUUCACACCUGAAAAGACUGAAACCACGUACAAUAGUAGUUAUUAUGCUAGCAGUGGAUUAUCAGACAAAAAGGAAAGUUUUUCACAUUGGUUAAAAGAGCAUGGUUUUAAUGGAAGGGUACAAAAAACUUUAUCAUAUGAUAAUUUGCAAUAUCAUAGUAAAACAAAUCUUCUUAAUCAAAUAAAACAUAUUCUGCUCUACAUUAUUGAAAUUCUUGCACCGAACAAUAUAGAAGAAGUGUGGAACGAUUUAAUUGAUAUUGAAAAUGAAGACAAGAAGAACAAUUACGACCGUGAUCAUCAAAUUAUUAUGGAAGCUCUUGCUGAUGCAUAUUCAAAUUCCCAGCAUUGGUCUACCAAGCGCCAGCUUCUGUCAAUCAUUGCUGCUGAUUUAUCAUUUCAUUCAAUUGCACAAUAUAUACCAGAUAUAACCUUAUGGAAAUUUAAUGAAGCUCGGCGACAAGCAAAACUAAAUGGCACGGUUAAAAUGACUUUUUUUAAAAUAUAG